AAAUAAUUGUUUGAUUUGUGAUAUCAUUGUAAUCGAUGACCACUUCGUCGACAAAUGGGUUCACUUACCCGACCACUGAUGAGAUGGACAACAAUACGGCCCAGCGGUUGGUCAAAGAGUGCGCCACUUUGAUCAUUGAAGACAUACCGAUGGGAACCGAGUUUGGCAUUGAUUUGAAUGUCAAUAAUAUCGGCGACCACUUUAUGGGCGUCAAAAUGAUAGCACCGGGUCUUCACUUCAUUUAUUACAGUUCCGUCUCAAAGGAUGGUACGGUUGGUCCGCGAUCAGGAUUUUUCAGAUUUUUUAAACCACAAGAACUAGUGGUUAGAAAAUGGCAUCAAUUUGAUGAAGAUAUCGAUGAAGAGUACACCGAUUCAGUGCAAUACCAGAGAUAUAAAGAUAACGUCAGCAACGGUUCAAUGGAUGUCUAUUUGGCUGUCUAUCAGUUCUCUACUUAUGCCGAUUGGGUCGGUCUUACAGAUUAUAUCACUGAUUCGCUAUUUAACAGAAUUAAUCCCAAAUCAGGAAAAAUUUUAUCCGUUACUCAUUUGAUUACAAAAAGUGGUAAAAAUUUAGAUAAAAAUAUUAUAGAAAAGGAUUCAGAAGGACUUCUUGUUAUGGAAAGAGAUCCAAAUGCUGUCAUCAAUUUCAGUGAACUUCCCAAACAUUUUCUUUACCCUCAAAACUCAAGUGCAACCCAAGUAUCCCAACACUCGAUGGACAGUUCAUAUACAAUGGAAACGAUAGCUUCAAGAUGUGAACAAAUAGAGAGUCUUUUGGGUGAACUUCAGUUCUCUUUCAUUACUUUUCUUGUCGGACACAUCUUUGAUUCAUUUGAUUACUGGAAACAAUUGCUUAAAAUUUUGUGUUUCAGCGAAAAAUCAAUCAUUAAAUACACAGAUUUUUAUCUAAAUUUUAUUCGUGUCCUUCAUUUCCAACUGAAACAAACACCACAUGAAUUGUUUGCAGAUAUCGUCGAAAACAAUAAUUUUUUGGUUGUUUUCUUAAGACAAUUCUUUUUUAAUAUUGACUCCAAUGAUGUCAACGAAGUCUUAAGAAACAGAGGCCAAAGAUUUAGAAAAUUUUUGACCAAAACAUUUAAAUGGGAUUUUGUUAGUCAACAGGAAGAUGAAGAGCCAACUAUUGUUGACAUCAACUGA